AUGACGUCCCCUUGGUUUUCUAAACUGGCCGUGCCUUCGGCAGCAGACCUGCCCAAGGAAGGACUGAACAAUCCAGCCUUCCGGAGUAAUCCUGCUCACCUCCUCUUCCCCAGUACUCCCAGCAUGUUUGACAGCAGCAUGAUGUCCAGCACUGGUCUUGCUCCAGAGGGCUCCAGCAAGAUCCUUUGCUUUGCUAAGAAUAAGGAAACGGGCGCUUUAGCGGCUGCCAAAGUCAUCGAAACAAAGAGCGAAGAUGAACUGGAGGAUUACAUGGUGGAGAUUGAAAUACUGGCGACCUGCGAUCACCGGCACAUCGUCAAGCUGCUGGGAGCGUUUUAUUGGGAUGGCAAGCUGUGGAUCAUGAUUGAGUUCUGCCCAGGCGGGGCGGUGGAUGCCACCAUGCUGGAGCUGGACCGGGGCCUGACCGAACCCCAGAUUCAAGUGAUUUGCCGCCAGAUGUUGGAAGCCCUCCAUUACCUCCACAGCAAAAAGAUCAUCCACCGGGACCUGAAGGCAGGCAACGUGCUCCUCACCCAGGAUGGAGACAUCAAGCUCGCUGACUUUGGAGUGUCUGCCAAAAACAUGAAAACCUUGCAAAAGCGAGACUCCUUCAUUGGGACCCCUUACUGGAUGGCCCCCGAGGUGGUGAUGUGCGAGACCAUGAAGGACACUCCGUAUGACUACAAGGCGGACAUCUGGUCCCUGGGAAUCACGCUGAUUGAAAUGGCCCAGAUCGAGCCACCCCAUCACGAGCUCAACCCCAUGAGAGUCCUGCUGAAGAUUGCCAAGUCCGACCCCCCCACGCUCAGCUGCCCUUCCAAAUGGUCCAUGGAGUUCAGAGACUUCCUGAAGACGGCGCUGGACAAGAACCCGGAGACCCGGCCCAGUGCUGCCCAGCUGCUGGAGCAUCCCUUCGUCAGCAAGGUGACCAGCAACCGGGCCCUACGCGAGCUGGUGGCCGAGGCCAAGGCUGAGGUGAUGGAAGAGAUCGAGGACAGUAGGGAUGAAGCAGAAGACGAUGACUCCUCAGAGUCUGUCUCGCCCCCUGGGAAGCACAAGCGGGACCCUUCUGAGGCAAGUCAGAUGAGUUUUGAUGGAGAGAAGCCUCCGGACUCUUCCUUGCCCAAGGCAGUGAAUGGGCCUGUGGGGACUGGCAAAGAGACCACAGAUGGACAAAGUGAUAAAGUCUCAGAUGAAGGGAUAAGCAGUGACAAUGACAAAUUGGAGAGCAACCAUUCUACAAAGACCCUUUCCAGCUCGACCACCUCGGCCACCCAGGGCAAGCCAGACAUCAUCUCGCAGCCUGGACAGCUGGCUAACUCAGCGGAGGGUGACAAGCAGCCUGGGCCAGGCAGCAAGGAGCGGAAGAGCAUCGGGGAACGACCAGAGAGCAGCCACCUGGAGAACUUCACGAAUGAGAAGCUUGCCAAUGGGAGCUUGGAGCCCCCAGCACCGUUCUCUGGCAGCCGGUCCAAAGGGGAUUCGGAUUCUGGCAGCACUUCAGCCUCUGAAAGCAUGGACCUCACCAUCUCCCUGUCUGCUGACCUGUCCCUCAACAGAGAAAGUGGCUCCAUCUCCCUGAAGGACUCAAGGAUGCACAAGAAGACACUGAAACGCACCCGCAAGUUUGUGGUGGAUGGAGUAGAGGUGAGCGUCACCACCUCAAAGAUCAUCAGCGAGGAUGAGAAGAAGGACGAAGAGAUGAGAUUUCUCAGUCAGGACUCAAGGAUGCACAAGAAGACACUGAAACGCACCCGCAAGUUUGUGGUGGAUGGAGUAGAGGUGAGCGUCACCACCUCAAAGAUCAUCAGCGAGGAUGAGAAGAAGGACGAAGAGAUGAGAUUUCUCAGGCGGCAGGAGCUGCGGGAGCUGCGUCUCCUUCAGAAGGAGGAGCACCGCAACCAGGCCCAGCUCAACAGCAAGCACCAGCUGCAGCUGGAGCAGAUGCUCCGGCGCUUCGAGCAAGAAAUGACGACAAAGAAGAAGUUCUAUGACACCGAACUGGAAAACCUCGAAAAGCAGCAGAAGCAGCAGAUUGAGAAGAUGGAACAAGAUCACUCGCUGCGCCGGCGGGAGGAGGCCAAGCGCAUUCGCCUGGAGCAGGAGCGGGACCACGUCAAAUUCCUGGAGCAGCUGAAGCAGAUGAAGAAGGAGGUCAAGAACGAGGUUGAGAAGCUACCACGGCAACAGCGCAAAGGGAACAUGAAGGUGAAGAUGGAUGACUUUGCCCAGAAAAAACAAACCAUGGAACAGGAGUUUUUGGCCAAGCAGAAGGAGGACCUGGAACUAGCCAUGAAGAAUAUAACCGCCCAGAAUAAAAAAGAGAUCUGCGACAAGGAGCGCGAGUGCUUGAACAAAAAGCAGCAGCUCAUGAGAGACCGGGAGGCCUGCAUCUGGGAUCUCGAAGAGCGUCAGCAACAGGAGAAACACCAGCUUGUCAAGCAGCAGCUGAAGGACCAGUAUUUCCUCCAGAGGCACGAGUUGCUCCGGAAGCAUGAGAAGGAAAGGGAGCAAAUGCAGCGAUACAACCAGCGCAUGUUGGAGCAGCUGAAAAUUCGGCAGCAGCAGGAGAAAGCCCGGCUCCCCAAAAUCCAGCGGAGCGAAGGGAAGACACGCAUGGCCAUGUACAAGAAGAGCCUUCACAUCCACUCCAGCGGGAGCGCAUCUGAGCAGCGGGAGAAGAUCAAACAGUUUGCUCAGCAGGAAGAGAAGAGGCAAAAAGCAGAGCGGCUGCACCAGCAGCAGAAGCACGAGACGCAGAUGAAGGACAUGCUGGCCCAGUGUGAGAGCAACACGAAUGAGCUCCAGCAGCUGCAGAAUGAAAAGUGUCACCUCUUGAUUGAGCACGAAACCCAGAAGCUUAAGUCCCUGGAUGAGAACCACAACCAGCACAUGAAGGAGUGGCGGGACAAGCUGAGGCCACGGAAGAAGGCUCUGGAGGAUGAGCUGAACCAGAAGAAGCGUGAGCAGGAGAUGUUCUUCAAACUCAGCGAGGAGGCAGAUGGACAGACGCCAGCAUCCCCAACCAAACAUGCCAAGUUCGUCCCCUUCAGCUCUGCAGAGAGCUCCUAACGCCCUGCAGCUGGCAGGCCACCAGCUGGUACUUCUUGUGUCCUCCUGGGCUGCAGGUGGGCAACUUUGGACUUGGGAAGACCCUCUCAGCAGCCUCUUCUCACACCACCACCCUCUUGUCCCUUCACUGUCUGAGAUAAACACGGCCUCUGUCCCACACUGGGGGAUGCUGACUGGAAGUUUGGUGGCUUUUCCAGGAGCUGGCCUGCUCAGCACAGCUCCAGGCUGGGAAGCCGGGCAGGACUCUUUCUGCAGUCGUAUUUGCACUGUUAGCUGGAUGCGUGGCCUUCACGUGAGCCUGGUGCUCACCGGGCUUGUCAGCUCAGACUGAAGCAAUAACCGCUCUGAACAGGAGAAACAGGCUCCUGCCCUCUGCAGAGCUUAUCACUGUGGCUGCUCCUCCUCCUGGUCCUCUGUAAGGACUUGUCUGGGGCAGGGCAGCUUUGGUGUGGUCUUAGGCUAACCUUGGCCUUGUGGCCCACCAACACUUGCCUUAGAUUUAUUUCUGUCUACUGUGGUCCUUUUUUUGCUCAAGGGAGAGACAGUGAUUUGGAUUUUUUUUUUGCCUUUGAGGAGAGAGGGUUGGGGUUUUUUUUCUUUCCUCUUCCUCCUCGUACAGACUAUGCAGAAAGGGGAGUGCCUGGAUGUCCUUCCAAAGAUGCUUCUGCUUCUUCAUUUGCUGUGAUUACUGGCACCACAGUCCCUCUGGCACUUACCUAACACUGUCUUACUGGAGAACGGACUAUGGCAUAAUUCAACUGUUCAGCUGGCUGCAGGCUUUUGUUUCUUAAAGAAGUGUAUGUGUACAUGCAGAGAGGGAGGUUUGUAACGGCGCUCAGUCCUGCAGUGAGGUUUGGUCACAAUCAUGUGCCUUCUGGUCAGGACAAGUGAGGGGCAGAAGGGUGCUAUUGCCAGAGCUCUCAUGAUCCCACAUGUGUUUGAGAUUUAUUUUUUUUUAAGUGCUAUAUAUGUGUUGGCCGUGUGGGUCAGCCAGCCUGGCCACUCAUGGCUAUGGGCUGCCAAGCAUCAUUUGGAAGGAAUACAGGAGUCUUGAAACAAGGAAUGCAAGGGAAGAGGAGAUGCAAAGACAGGUCAUGGUGGCUUGUUACUCUCAACGUUGCUUUCUCCACUGAUGUCUCGUCUCCUUAUGAUGUGCCACGGUUUCUUGGAUGAUUCUCCUGGCACUCAGCUUGGAGUCACGCUGCAGAGCGGCAGAGCAGCGGCAGGUCCAGCCUCUGUCCUUUCUGCUCCGUGGUAGUGUGUCUCCAUUGGGCUGCUUUCCUCUGCCUACACACAGCUGCACUUGGCUGAGCUGCUGGGUAGGACCCAGAGCACUGACCUGGUGGGGGGACAGAGACCUCACUGGGCAGCAGCACCUUCUUAGCACAACCAAAAGGUGAAAGGUAGCACUUAAGUUUUCCUCUCUGUUGAUCUCUGGACAAGGUUGUUUGGUGUAGGCCUGCUUCCCUAGCAAGAAAAAGAUGUCUCUGCUUAUAAAAAAAGUUAAAGUCUCGUGUUGAUUUAGAGACAUACUGGCAGUUCAGGGAAAGGUGGUAUGUGAUGUGCUACUUCUAGGUACCUAGGUGAAGGAGCCAGGCCCCAGGUCUUUAACAGUUCUUUCAUCUGAGGAGUGCAUUUACAUUUACUACCCAUUUAGAGUUCAUAAUACAUAUUUAUAAGCUUCCUGCAAACUAGCAAGACUACAUCUAUUUGGGCUAUUCUGAAUCCACACCACUGAUGUCUUUAAUAAAGAAUAUAGCCUAGGUGGAGAUCUUAAGGGCUGGCACCCUUUGUAAGCAGACUGCACAGCAGUUUUUCAGUAACUAGGCUGUCCUCCUGGGAAGACCAUCCAUCCCAUCUCCAAAAGUACUCACUGUGCCUUUCAGAUGUGAUAGCACCAGGAUGGGAGCUGAUGUAAAAGGAAUGAAUGCAGGGGGUUGGUUGCUUCUGAGCAAUGUGCUGGUUUGGGCCUUUUAAUUGCAUUAGCAAUGUGUGCUGGCAGCCCCAGCGGUUCCGUUUCAGGUCUCAUUGGGGUCAGGCUGGACAUAUUCUAUGAAAUGGCUGUUGUCACAGAAAUCAGUAUCCGGUGCCUGUCCUUCAUCUUUUACAUGUGACUUGGAGAAGGAUGUCCUGCAGCACACUGUUUUCAUAACGCAUCUUCUCCAGCUGAAGGGCAUUGCUGCCUCUGCCUGCCUUCCUCACCAGCCCAGGGAGCAUCAGCUCUCUCUGGAUACUGUGCAGCCAUGAGGAAGGAGACUAUUUCUGGGGGCUUUUAAAGAGCUGAUGUGAUGCCCAAAUGAUAAAUCGGUUGUCCUUUUCUCACGUCCAGCUUAUUUGCAGCCUGGAGCUAGCAACACAGUUUUGCAUUUGCUAAUAGAGAGCAGGAAUGGUUGUGUCCCUUGCCCUGUCCCUAUUCUCUGUUCCCUCUCCGGGUGUGCCGGGGCUCUAGUACCAUGUCCCCAUCCUAGAAGAGGGCAGGGGAGCACAUCUUCUGAUUGUUAUGUUUACAGGGUGGUUAUAUUUUUUUCCCCCUUUCAAAAGAGGAUGUUUUUGUUGUUUCCUGUUCAGAAGGAACCAUGAUUAAACCAGCUUGGUUUUGAGGGGGAUGGGAUGCCAAUUUUUAAAAUGUGGCUUUGAAUAAAAAGGGUUUUUUAAAAUAUUUUGUAAAAUGUCUUCAGUGGGGUCAUCACUAUGAUGUAAAGACCCUCCUAAUAAAGUAACAG